GCUGCCAGCACUUGCGACUUGUAUAUACAAAACAUACUUGCUCGGAUAGGACCCGACUCGAGCCAUGAGGAUAAGAAAGCCCUUUGCAGCUGCCUUUGUGGUCUUGCUGUUCAUAGCAGCAUCGUUGGGCCUGGCCCCGAACCAGCUACCCCAAUACAAGCAGAGCGACAAGGUCUUGCAUUUCGUCACCUUCUUCCUAAUAACUUUUUGCUUCUACUGGAUCAUUGAGACCAAUCGUCGUCGCGUUAUCCACUUUACCCUCGUGGCCUGUACUGUUGCUCUGAGCAUUGGUUCCGAGGUUGUCCAAGGACUGCUUCCGAAUGGUCGCGAGUUCGAUCCGUACGAUAUCCUCGCUAAUGUGGUCGGUUCACUGCUUGCUUUAUUGGCUUGCAGCUGGUACCAUAAACGCAUGUUGGAGAGACGCCGCGCCGCAAGAAACUAUCAAAUCGUGCCUGGGGAAGAGCAGGAUAUUGAACUGGGGGAUAAUACCACCGACCAAGAAAAUGGUGUCCUGCCUAGUUCAGAGCAGCCGGCAAACAUCACGGAAGAGCUGGACAACUGGGAUGAGAAUGCUGAAGACUGGGAUGACGAUCAGGCGCCCGCAAGCUCACAAAUACAGGCCGACCAAGAAGGGGUCACGGCUGAAAAGCGAUCUGACUAGAAGGGGUCAAUAGUCCAUAUUCUGAUAAUGACACACGUGCAAAGACAAGCGCAAAGACCAGAGUUUGGGAAGUUCAACAAUCGUAGCAGCCACGACCGCUUUUGCGUGCAUUUGAAGUCUACCUAGCCGCUGUGCAGGAGAAUAAACAGUGCCCGUAAAGGUAGCUUCAUGCUGCCGCUGAUAAUCUCCAUUGAAGAUGGCAUCCCGACCUGUUCUCACUUUUUCUUUUGUGAAGCCAUGAAUGCAACCUCGUGCCUGCCAAGUAAUACCGGAAGACAGACGCCUUGUCAAAUCCCGAAAAAA